AUGUGCCUCAAAAAGUACUCUUAUGGACAUGCAAAAGUUGGUUGUUCUGAUGGAUGCCGAUUCUUAGAAUGUAAAAAUGUCCAUGGCCAAAAGGAAGGUAUGAUUUGCAUCAAGGGAAAGGGUAUAUUAAAAGCCUGGUUCCCUUAUGGAAAAUACUUCCAGUCACCAGAAUCUGGUCCCACCUUCGAGGCACCAUGCAUCAGGUUCCCGAGGUCUCCUAGAAAUUUAGAUAAUCCUGAUAUGAUCUCAGAAACUUCUAAAGAAAUGGAUCUAGUUUCUUUUGAUCAUGAACUAGAAUACCACAAAGCAUGA